GUCGGACGAUGGCGCUGCGGCAGGCAAUCCGUGUUGUCGGUGACUUGACAAAGGUUCCACAUGGAACGCUGCCAGAGGUGGGCGUGACGGCCUCGAUCGACCAUGUCUUUCGUGCUGGCGACGUCGAGUCUUUCGCUGCUUUGUCAGGCGAUACAAAUCCAUUGCACGUGGAUGCAGCGUUUGCUGCGACGACAACGUUUGGCAAACCAAUCGUCCAUGGGAUCCUCUGCACAAGUCUUUUUCCGACGAUCUUCGGCGCAACGUUUCCCGGCGCCGUGUAUGUUUCGCAAGACGUCCGCUUCCACAAACCGAUCCUGGUUGGCGACGCCGUGCGUGCCGAGAUUCAAGUCGUCCAAGUCAAAGCGCGCAUGCGCCUCGUUGUGUGCGCGACACGGUGCUUGGACCACCAUGGAGACGUUGCCAUCUCCGGUGAAGCCAAAGUGCUGCUACCAAAACGUCCAGAGCCUUCUGCAACUGACUCGUCUCGCGCCGCGCAAUGACAACACUAGCGUGCUCAACUCUUCCGUGAUCAUACGCCAACCUAUAGCACCUGUGUACAUAAAGGAAGCUGCGCAUUUUGACGCAUACGGACGGCCCAUGGGCUUUCGAUAAGGUCCUGCAGAGGUCGACGGGCAUUCAUGGACCAGAACUGCUUCACCAACAUGGCAAGUCGAAGCAACUACUUUGUGCAGGAACUGUGACACGUUGGGUGAUUCACCCAAUGCAUGCACGUUGGGCAAGCGCCAACGCCACAUCCACUUUGGAGAAGAGAAGGAGGACCAAAGCCAUGCGCCAACUCAAACAUGUGCAGACCACGCGCGAGACACAUCGACGGGCAGGCAUUCGUUGAGAAUGGUGUGGUGUGGCUGGGAUGCGUCGCGAGCUGCAGAGCGUCGCAGAUGUAGCUAAGGGAAUAUAUGUACUUCCUGCCUGAA